UUUUAUUGAUGUUUUGUUCGAAUGUUAGGGUCUUACGUUAGUUUUAUCGUUAAGCUGUAGUUUUUUGCAAAGAAGUCGUGUGUAUAAUAACACAGAGAAUAUACUUGUAGGUUAAUAAACUGAAUAGGCGUAUUGGAAGUUUCCAAAAUGGAAACUAACGACGAUUUUUUGUCAAAAUCUGAUCACGACGGAUGGUUGGAUGAAACUAAUUGUUUCUUACUUGACCCGGAAUUACAACUGGAAUCUACUAACUUGGAUAAAAGUUGGGCUGAUAACAUAACUCUUGAAGAUAUUCUUGAAGGAAUGAAUGAUUGUGAGACAUCUAGAGCAGAAAAAAUUGGCAAUCAAACAUUAAACCAACUUCUUGAUUCACCCCCUCUGCCUGCUCCUGUAGUUGGAACUUACACGGGUGUGGGCAUUGACAAUUUGUACAAAUGUGACGAAGUACCGAAAGUAGAGAGUAUUCCCCCACCAGAAUCACCACAAGAGACCAAACCUGAUGUUCAUCAUAUUCCUAAACCGAUGCCAAUGUUGGUGACGACAACGCAACCACAAGUCAGUAGUCCACAGAUUGUUUUCAACUUACAAACGCCAGUUAUUCAACAACAACAGACAUUACAACAGACAACGGCAUCUCCUUCACAAAUUAACGUUACGAAUACAAAUGCGAUUAAUAAUGGAUUCCAACAGGUUCCCACCAAUCCGAUAAAUAAUACCAGAACAGGUGAAGUGCAGGGUGUGAGUCUCAUCAGUCUGUUACAGCAAUAUCCACAACUUCAAUCCCAAUUUCAAGUGCAAAGUCCUGGUUUGCAAGAAAUUCUUACAACUCCACAGACACCUCAAACCCAAUCAUUUCAGCAGAUAGUUGUUCCUGUUAUCAAUACAUCAACACAGAGUUUCACCACCAAGACAGUUUCUGCUGUUCCUGUCACCCAGCAAACAAAUGCAUCAAUGGAGACCGCAGACACUCUUCUCGCUGCUUUGCCAUUUUCUGAAGUGAUGGAAAAGUCUCAUACAGAUCAACACACAAAACAACCUCCAAAAAGAUCUUCUCAUAAUGCUAUCGAGAAACGAUAUAGGUGUUCAAUCAAUGAUAAAAUUGCUGAGUUGAGGGAGAUGCUUAUGAGCAAAGACACUAAAUCAAACAAGGCAGCUGUAUUGAAAAAGGCUAUAGAUUAUAUCAACUUUCUGACAAAUGCAAACAAACGGUUAAAAACGGAAAAUGCGUUUCUUCGUAAACAUCUCUCAUUAAAUGAUAAAGUGACUGUGAGAGAUCUAAUUGAGAAAGAUAUUCGCUUGACGGACGCACAUGACAUUUCAUCCGAUGUGGACUCACCAUUCCCGGCCCAACAGAGAUCAUCAGGUUACCCGACUCCUCCACAUUCAGAUCCAGAUUCUCCACUAUUUUCCAAUCCGAGUCCAGACAGCCCACAGUCCAUGGAUGAACUUCUCACUGGAGCGGACGUACAGAAUUUGAAUGGGGGGAAUCAAGGAAUGGCUCAUGCAGGAAAAGCUGCGAUGUGUCUUUUCAUGGUAGCAUUUCUUGCUUUCAAUCCCAUUGGUACUGCGUUUCAGUCGUUUGGUUCAUUCAGCGCUUCUGAAGGAGAAGAUAAUCAUAUGUAUGCUGGUCGUCGAAUUUUGGGAACUGAAACUGCUUCGCACGAAACUGGUUGGAUGCAAUGGGGGAUUGCGUGGAUGAUAAAUCUUGCUAUUACAGCACUGAUUAUGGCAAAAUUUUUUGUUUAUGGUGAACCAACUUUGCAACCACAAUCUGAACGUUCUGUUGAUUUCUGGAGACACCGCAAGCAGGCUGACACUGAUCUUCAAAAGGGCGAUUAUUCGGCCGCAGCUAAGCAUUUUCGCCAAUGCCUUGUUAUAAUGGGACGUCCUCUGCCAACAUCGAAAUUCGAUCACUUUGUGUCACUGCUAUGGAACAUGCUGCAUCUGUGGAUGAAACAAAUCAAGUUUCGAACUCGUUUUUCAAGAAGUAUGUCUGAAGAGGCAAGACUAAAAAAGAAGUCUGCAAGAGAGGCAGCAGAAGUCUAUCACAAGCUAAAUGAACUUCAACUUACUGGUUAUUCAACCGAAAGUGGUAUGUCUUCUAUCAUAUUUGCAAUCAGUGCUGUUAAUAUGGCUGAAAUUGCUGGUGAAGAAUUCAUGAACAAAAACUUGCUAGCUGAGAUUUAUGCCUGUGCUGCGCUUCGUUUCAAACAUUCUGCAUUCAAGGCAUUCUCAUUCAUGGUGCACUUCUUGUUGCUGAAAGCUCGAAACAUUGUGAAGCACAGCGAUUCAAAAAGCACGUUACGUCUCCAAUGGAUUUGUCAUCCAUUCGCACACAGAUUUCUUAUUGACGAAAAACUGAAUUUCACAGAGGUGAAGCACAACGAUACAGAGAUUUUUACAAUGCCGCAAAGUGCUGAUGUUCUUGAAAUACUUGGCAGACAAUUCAGUCAAAAAAUGUUAAGCAAGGCUUAUUACUCACUAGUCUUGCCUCAUGAUGCAGAAAACAUGAACCAGGAUGACAAGUUAAUUGUGGAUUCUAUAAAAAAUAAUCAAUCUUCACAUGCUUUGGAAUAUAUUCAGAUUGCGAGGGAUUGCUCAAUGGAUGGUGAUGAUGACAUAAGCAGAUGGUGGUGUGAUUUUGCUUCUACUGCAGCUUAUUGGCAUCUAGGGUAUGAUGACAAUGCAGAAUCAUACUCGGCCCGUGUGGAAGAAGUUCCAAAAAGCUUAAAAAAUAUCCAAAAUCCUCUGCCACUUGCCAUCUUUACUGCAUUUUGUGCAAGAAGAGAUUUUAUCAGGCUUGAGGCAUCAUCUGAGAAUGUUAAUUUACUUGCUGCGGCUGCUAGCAUUAUGAAAAAAUGCAAUGUCGCUAGCCAAGUUUUGAAUGACAGUUUAAUAUUCGACAACCCUAAAAGCAAUAGCAUGGAGACGGCAAUUCAAUUACUUGCUUGUGACUGGCUUCUAAACACUCGCACUGGAGUGUGGCAACUUGCAUAUUGUACUGACGAAUCGACAAAGAGAGCACCAGUUGAAUAUUUAUCUUCAUUCGAGCAAGAUCUGAAUUCACUGAGAUGGUUGGCACAGUCGAUUAAAGCAGUUGUUCCACAGGUAUAUCUGCACGAGGCAACUGAGAGGUUAAUGGCAGGAGCUUGUCCUACCAGAACUCAACAAUUACUUGCCAGGACCAUACGUAGAAGACAUCGCUCAAAAGGCGAAUCAAAUGGACCUGUUGAGCCUGGCCCUCGUGAGCAUGCUGCUGGUCUCAUGUUAGCAUGUAGACAUCUGCCUCAUCCUCUUCUAUCUGCUCCUGGACAGAGGGCGGAAAUGUUGCGAAAAGCUGUUACCACUUUAGAGAAAAUCGGUGAUAAACGAGGGGUUAGAGACUGUCAGAAAAUGUUGCUUAAACUGGGAUCUGUUGGUACCGGCACUAUUGCAACGUAAUCUUUUUGAUGUACAUAUUUUUUGUUUGCUUUAUUUAUUUUCAAGGAAAAUUUCACCCAAAUUUUGUAUCAAUAAAAUUGAAGGAAGCUUCAUUUUUUUCA